AUGUCAGGUACCGAGCAAACUUUAUAUGAAUCAGAUGGCCUAUCUUUUCCUUCUCCAGCAUUUGGGAGACUCGCAAAUUCACAUAUUUCAUAUUCCCGAUUCAUCCUCGAUCAACCACUAAUAACUCCGGCCGUCUUGAGUCAAAAGUACGAGGGCCUGGGGACGAGCUCAAGUCCGUAUCUAGUCACCUGGAUCGAGCAUGACCCUCGCAACGCACGAGAAUGGUCCCAGGGAAGAAAAAUGAUUACAACAGCCGUUAUGGCGAUACUCACACUCGCGGCCGCGUUCGUCUCGUCAACAUUCUCAGGCUGCAGGAUCGAAAUUAUAUCCGAGCUUCAUACCAACAACGAAGUAUUCUCACUGGGCAUCGCGCUAUACGUCUUGGGAUUCGCACUCGGACCAUUGCUGUGGGCGCCUUUAGGCGAGUUGUAUGGCCGCCAGAUCAUCUUCUUCGUCACUUAUGGAGCCUUCACAGCCUUUAAUGCUGGGAGCGCCGCUGCCCAGAAUAUAUCCUCACUUGUCAUUCUACGAUUCUUCGCCGGAGCAUUUGCGUCCUCGGCACUAACAAACCCCGGAGGCGUCAUCACCGACAUGUACGACCCCACGCACCGAGGUUUAGCAAUGGCUCUAUUUGCCGCAGGUCCGUUUAUGGGGCCCGUCCUGGGGCCCAUUGUAGGAGGGUUCCUGGGUGAGACUCAUGGCUGGCGCUGGGUGUCGGGGUUGACUGCCAUCUUUUCAGGGACUUUGUGGAUCACCAACGCCUUGCUAGUACCAGAAACUCAUGCGCCAUACAUCCUACGGACACGAGCAAGAAAGAUGUGCAAGAUGACGGGCCACAUCUAUCGCAGCAAAGUUGAUGCUGACAAGAGCGACAAAACUACUUGGGGGGAACUCAAGUUAUCACUUACCCGUCCGUGGGCGUUGCUGUUCUUUGAACCCAUCGUACUGCUUCUAUCCAUAUACAUGUCCAUUAUCUACGGGACGCUGUAUAUGUUCUUUGCGGCAAUACCUAUCGUCUUUCAGGGAACCCGUGGCUGGAGCGAGGGGAAGGGUGGUUUGGCUUUCCUCGGAAUCUUGGUUGGGGUAGAUUUGGCCGUUCUGUCAUCCAUCUUAUAUCAACGAAGAUACAAACGGAUGGUUCAACGAAACAAGGACUGUGGUGGGACGGGAUCACUUCCUCCAGAAGCUCGCCUACCGAUGAGCAUGGUGGGAGCAAUUUCUCUCCCCAUCGGCCUUAGUUGGUUUGCAUGGACUAAUUAUCCCAACGUCCAUUGGAUGGUCAGCAUUGCAGCGGGUGUACCAUUUGGCCUGGGUAUGGUUCUUGUCUUCACAUCGGUCAGUGCCUAUCUCGUCGACACAUACUCGGUUAUGGCAGCUUCUGCCCUAGCAGCCAAUGUGGUGAUGCGUUCUACAUGCGCAGCUGUAUUUCCUCUUUUCACGGAACAGAUGUAUAAGGCAUUGGGCAUCCAUUGGGCAUCGACGAUUCCGGCGAUUCUGACCCUGAUUUGCGCCCCAUUGCCUUUUUUCUUCUACAACUGGGGCAGUCGCAUUCGAGCGCGUUGCAAGUAUUCAGCAGCGGCACAGGAGUUCCAAAGGACCCUUGACGAAAAGUAG